AUGAAGGUUCUAGCUGUUCUAUUGGCGGUAUGUUUGGUGGGACAAUGCCACUGCGGAGAUAAUGACAAGGUCGUGGAAGCACAGCUUCCGUCUGAAAAGGUCCUCGACAUUGUGAAUCUGGACUCCUCCAAUUUCACACUUUUUGAAUGCAAUGACAAUGGGAAUGAAAUCAUCUUUGUGAUCCCUCGCAAUGAUGUAUCCGUAGACAUGGUAGUUUGUGGCGAGACGACAAUUUGGACUCCUGGAGAGGAUGAAGAAUUUGAAUACGCCAAGUUAUUCCUGAGUGAAGGACAAGUUCGCGUCCUCCUGAUAGCAAAGAGUAAAGAGCGCUAUGCAGUAGGCAUGUGGUUCGAGAAGGAUGAAGACAAAUGGGUUGAUUGUUCCAAUACGCACUCCAAAAAGAUCAAGGCUAUUAGGGCACCCUGUGCGAGGACGACCACAUUUACCCUCAAUAUCGAGGAGGAUGAGGAUACUGAGGACUGCAAAAUAUUCAACGUUAGUUUGUUCGGGACUCCAAUGAGACUCUACUACGCCAGACCUGGCCACCACAUCACAAAGAUCAUGCACAAUGGCACGUACGUCUGGGAGGCUGGAGAGGAUGAAGAAGAUGUAUCUACAUCGUGCAACCUCUACAUCAAAGACGGUGAGCCUCAAAUAUUCGUGAUUGCCAUUGUGAAUGGGGAAGACUAUUUAUAUCUGGAAAGAGAGGGUAAAUAUUGGGAACCCAUGACCCUGGAGGAAUUCAAGGAGACUAGAAGCCUGCUGAUUGGCCUAAGCUACAUUACAGGAGACAAGGCUGGGAAGGAACUGGUAGAACCUGUAAACAUUCGACCCUGGUGGAGUGGGUGGUUAUCUGCAAUGGCCAACGGAUUGUCCAGAAUAGCUCAACACAUUCCUCUCGUCUCCUAUUCUGAAAUCUUGGAUUCCUUUGAUAUAGGCAUAGAUCCGACGGAUGAAGAUGAAUACAAGUUUCCAGAAGGGAAGAAACGUGAGAGAGCAAAAGACCUUUGCCCCGAGAAUGAAUCGGAGGAGGCAGCCAAUGCACUUCGGAAGAGAAGUAGCAGAUCGAAAAAUUCUCUAGAAGAUGAGGAAGAUUGA